GGUCGAAUUGAGUUAGCUGCCAUCACUAGUCUUUUUGCAAUACAUUUUACUGCAUAUAAUUGAUAAGAACAGCCUGUUUUUAACAUAUUUAACAAUUGCCAGCACAGCGUAAUUAUAGCCAGACAUUUUUGUUAUCUUCGUGCUGUGUACUUACACUGGAUGCCCGCUAAGCAAGCUUAAAAUAAACCGAGUAUUCGUUGCUUAACUUUCGGCGAUUUGCAGUCGUGGUGGUUUGUUAUUGGAGCAGCAAGAGAUUAAAAAUAAACUGUUUUAUAUUUGUAAAUGGUGCUGCUUCGCUAUAAAAUAAAAUGCAAACGUCUCAAUUAGCCACAUACUACAAGCACAAUUGCAAUAAAUGCAAUUUUAAAUGUUAUCUGUGCGAGUGUUAAUUAAAGCGUUGAUUUAAAUUUGAAGUUGAAACGAAAUACACAGUGGAAAGGGAGACACAAUAACUCAGUUUGUCAAGAGCAACAACAAGUAACACGUUCAAAGUGAAGGUCAACGUCACAGCCAACAACACACGAGCAACAACAACAGCAACGUAACAAGUAACGGCAACUGUGGCUGCCAAAAAUCAAUCAACAGACGCGCCAGCUGCUUGGAUUUGUAGCUAGCGCUUAGCUUUAAAUUGAGUGCAAAGCUUUGGGGUCAGCGCCUUAGCACGAACAUGAGCACGGCAUGUUCAUUUGUGGCCCAGCGAUUGCUGUUGCCAACGCUGCUGUCUCUAGUGCUGCUGGUGGUCUGUGUCCUCAGCGACGAUGCCAGCACCAUGCCCACACAGAAUAUGUCCAACAAGGAGCGUGCUGAAUUGCGCGAGGAAUCCCGCGAGAUGUUUUAUCAUGCAUAUCAGGCUUACAUGCAGAAUGCCUAUCCAGCAGAUGAGCUCAUGCCAUUGUCCUGCAAGGGACGCUUUCGUGGUGUGACACCGUCUCGCGGUGACAUGGAUGACAUACUGGGCAAUUUCUCCAUGACGCUGGUGGAUACUUUGGACACGCUGGUGCUCUUAGGCGACUUUGCAGAGUUUGAGCAUGCCGUCAAGCUGGUCAUACGAGAUGUGCAAUUCGACAGCGAUAUUAUUGUGUCUGUCUUUGAGACAAACAUACGCAUGGUAGGCGGCCUGCUGUCGGCGCAUAUACUCGCCGAGUAUCUGCAAAAGCAGGCGGAUGUUAUGCAUUGGUACAAAGGAGAAAUGCUGGAGAUGGCACGCGAAUUGGGUUAUCGUUUGCUGCCGGCUUUUAAUACCACCACAGGCAUACCGCAUGCGCGUGUUAAUCUGCGUCUGGGCAUGAAGGAUCCACAGCUGAAGAAAUCACGUGAGACUUGCACAGCUUGCGCUGGCACCAUUCUGCUGGAGUUUGCUGCACUGUCGCGCCUGACUGGCGAUCCCAUCUUUGAGUCACGCGCACAUGCGGCCAUGGAUGCAUUGUGGAAGCUGCGUCAUCGCGGCUCAGAUCUUAUGGGCACUGUGCUCAAUGUGCACUCUGGCGACUGGGUGCGACGUGAUUCAGGCGUAGGCGCUGGCAUUGAUAGCUACUACGAGUAUCUGUUCAAGUCGUAUGUGCUACUGGGCGAUGACAAAUAUCUGGCGCGCUUUAAUCGUCAUUAUAAUGCCGUAAUGAAAUAUGUCAGCGAGGGACCUGUACUUCUAGAUGUGCUUAUGCAUCGUCCACAUGCCAAAUCGCGUAAUUUUAUGGACUCACUGCUGGCGUUUUGGCCCGGACUGCAGGUGCUAUCCGGUGAUCUCAAGCCAGCCGUGCAGACACACGAAAUGCUUUAUCAGGUUAUGCAGAUGCACACCCUCAUACCGGAAGCCUGGACGGUGGACUUCCAAAUACACUGGGGCCAGCAUCAUUUGAGGCCCGAGUUUAUUGAAUCUACAUAUUUUCUAUAUCGCGCCACUGGCGAUCAUCAUUAUCUACAAGUGGGCAAGCGUGCGCUUAAGGCGCUGCAGAAGUACGCCAAAGUGUCCUGCGGCUAUGCAGCUGUGAGUGAUAUACGCACUGGCAAGCAUGACGAUCGCAUGGACUCCUUUGUGCUAUCCGAGACAUUCAAGUAUCUGUACCUGCUGUUCUCCGAGCCAGCGGACUUAAUCAUUAAUGUGGAUGAAUUUGUUUUUACCACGGAAGCGCAUCUGCUGCCAUUGUCCAUUGCACAACUAGGGAAUUCAACGUUUAAUUUUCGCCAAUCGGACGAGCAUAGCGUACUUGACUUCAUGCGCACCUGCCCCAGUUCCAAUAAGCUUUUUCCUGAAAAAGUACGCAAACCAUUGCGCAACUUCAUUACGGGCUCGUGUCCGCGCACCAGCAGCGGAAAGCGUCUCAGUGCUCUGGACUUUCAGGCAAGCAAUUCGGAUCACUUGCGAGCUGUUUAUGACAUGGGCAUCACCAUGGUGUCCGUAGGCGAUCGCAGCCAGGGCAAGGUGCGACUCUUUCAUAGUUUCUAUAAUGCCAAAAGCCAGGAGGAAGGCGAGAUGGGCUUGCAGUUUAUGCAGGAAAUGCUGGAAUUAACCAAAAUGCAGAGUAUGAAUCAGCUGGCACAGCUGCAGGUGCGUAAUUCGCAAGAGAGUUGGGCGAAGAUACUCUUAAUGGCGGUUGCUUGGGCUGCGGACGAUAAGCAGGAGGACUGGCUAGCUCUGAUGGCGGGCCCAUCACACUUCAGCCCGGAGCUGCUGGGCGACAAAUAUGUUGAGGGUGAAAUUGUGCUGGCGCAGCCGUUGCGCGCCUGCGAUGAGCAGCUGGAGAAUGCCAGCGUAAUGAGCGGCAAAAUUGUUGUGGCGGAGCGCGGAGAUUGCACGUUUGUCAGCAAGGCGCGACUGGCACAAAAGGCGGGCGCCAAAGCGCUGAUUGUCUGUGAUAAUGUAUCAGGUUCUUCCGGUGAAACGCAGCCCAUGUUUGCCAUGUCUGGCGAUGGCAACGACGAUGUCUCCAUACCCGUUGUCUUCAUGUACAGCCUGGAGUUUGCCAAAUUGUCCGCCCAAAUGCAGCGGCGGCCGCAGCUGAGUGUGCGCAUCAUGCAAAUGGUGGAAUUCAAGCGCUGGCAGCUAGCCAAGGAGGCGCAUCUGAAUGAAACGGCGGCAGCGGCAGCAGCAGCGUCGACGAUGCCAAAGAAAAAACCAGAGAAGGAGUUGUAGUUAAUACUUCGUGCAGCAUUGGCGCAGCGCGCUAACUCAUCUAGGGCGCCCACUUAACUUCAAAAAAGUGCACUUCACUAAACAUUUCACUAACAUAUAUAUAUAUUUAUAUAUAUAGAUAUAAUUUUGGAAACUUGAUUUGCUUGUAGCAUAAACUCAUUUGGCGCUAGAUUAAAGCAUUUCCAACGAUUCACGAGCUAUAAUUAUAACUAUAGCUCGCCUAUUGGCAUGUGAGAUUCGGGCAACGUGCUUGCGUAUAUUUGCAAUAGUUUAAUAAUAGUACAUAAUAUUUCACAAACAUUUUUCUAUGAAUUUUACUUGUGUACAUAUGAAAAGAGAAACUUUAUGUAUA